UUUGAAACUAAUAAAAAUUUUUGAAAUGCUGAAGCGUAUCUGAAGUGAUUCGAGUCAUACAUGCGUAUGUACAUUCGAUGCGAUUCAACGCGCACUUCAGAGCGCAUCCCAGGCAUUAAGCAGUAUACGUUGCAUACGUUUAAUCUAAAAGCUAAAAGAAUGACACGUAUAAAAGGUUGUCGCUUUUAAAACACUUAAGAAAAUAAUUAAUUUACCUGAAAAAAUUAUUUUCCAUAGGUGUAUCAUUCUUCCAAACAGGUGAUUUAAUUUUAUUUUACUUACUGACAUUUCUUCUGACGAUCUUCGGAAAUUAUCCCGAGAUAAGAAGAUCCACGUUCUUCAUCAACAAUUUCCUACACUUACUGCUCGGAGAGAGAAUUACCUCGCCAAUCAGAAUAAAGAGGAUGAGGAGAGAUGCGACAGCUUGACUCAACAGUUUCGGUAAAGUCCUUUGAAAUGGCCAUGAUCCAAUAGAAGACAAAAGGCGCUUAGUCAAUCGGAAGAGUAGAGGAAUGUUCAGUACAUGGAAAGUUAGCCAUAUUUCGGGCAUGGAAUGCAUAGCACCGCUCGUAACUAUCCACCUCUCCAUAGUCACGUAUUCCAAUUUAUUCUUUAAUGCAGAAAAGAUUAAGAAUGUACUCUUAUAUAUUAAAAAUGACCAUGAGUAUUACAAGAGCCGUCCAGAAAAUAAGAUUCUCCAAUAUUACGCUAUACAGGGAAGUAAAAUUGGAUUUUAUCACGUUUCUUACAUUUAUUCAACAUUAUUUGCGUACCUAUUAUUACCAACGGUACAAUUGGUAAUUGUAUCUUCGAAUCAUUCUGAGUUUAAAAGCUUGCCAGUCGUUGUCGAUUUUGGCAUGGACUUGCAACAAUAUUAUUAUCAUUUGUUCAUACCUGUUUACAUAUCAAUAAUCAUGGUUGUCCAUGUGAUUGCGUCGUGCGAUAAUACAUACAUGGUGUAUGUUCAGCAUACCUAUGCUCUGUUUGCGAUUGUGAAUUACAAACUAAAAACUAUACACAUUUUGGAUACGAACAGUUUUACAGAUUUAAUGAAUGAGCGUUUGAUCGAAAAGUACAACAAUAUUGAAUUAUCAUCGGUGGACAAACAGAAAAUUUUUAAGAAACUAGUGCUUUGCGUAAAAGAACAUCAAAAUGCGAUAGAAUACGCAAAUCUCGUUGAAUCAUUAUUCUCUAAAUCCAUAUUGGUUCAAUUGUUUUGUAACUUUAUCAUUCUUACUGUUAGUGGAGUUGAUACUGUCACGAAUUUAGGUGUCAAUACAAGCAAUAUGACGCGAUCUGGAGCCCUUUCAUUUGCACAGGUUAUACGCAUAUUUAUUCUUUGCCUUCCUGGACAAAGACUACUGAAUCACAGUGAAGAGUUGCAUGCCGCGGUAUGCGAGACAAGGUGGUACAACUUUCCAGAAAACUGUCUUAACUUAUAUAAGUUCGUACUCGCAAGAAGUAUGAUAUUCAGCAAAAUAACAGCUUUCAACAUGGCCGUGAUGUCGAUGGCAACGUUUCAAGCGAUUAUUAAAACCGCAAUGAGUUACUUCACUGUAUUAUUGUCAAUGAAGUGAAAACUGAACGCAUCUUAGUUAUUGUAUUUUCCGUUACUUUACAUAUUGUAUAGUGUAAUGAAGUAAUAACUUUAAUUGUUUAUGCUGUAGUACUCAGGUAGGAAGAAAUAUACUUGAAGAUGGAUAAAUAUAUUCAUAUCAAUGCUUAAUGUUUAACAUUUACACAUAGUAUUAUGUCACAUGUUAUACAAUAUGUCGUCACUCAAAUAACCUUGCUAUUGGUCUCAAAAUAUAUAUUGCAAUAUAAAAUCUUUCUCUUCCAAUCGUAAUUUGCAACUUAUGGUACAAAAAAUCAGUGUAACAAUGAUCUGUUGAUAACUUAAAGUACAUUUUACACAAUAGAAUUAUUACCAUAGGAAAUGAUAUUCAUGCUCGUAGAGUAACAAACAGAAGGAAAACAUCCAAAAUAUGA